CUUUACUCAUUCACUCAGUCUAUCAGCUUAUUUGUCCCAUUUUAUGCCAGACGGUAGAACCUUCAGCGCCAUUUGAUAUGCUACUGAAAUAACCUGGAACGCUGAAGUAAGAGCAGUAAAGGGGAAGAUGGAGCUGGAGGUUGAGAGUGGUGUGCAGCAGCAGCAGCCUAAGUCUCCCCCACCACUGCCUCUCUCUCCCUCACGGACAGGACAGUCCACCCAGCCCCAGCCCCAGCCCCAGCCCCAGGACCAGGACCAGGGCCAGCCUCAGAUUCAGCCUUCUUCAUCCCAGUCCCAGUCUCAGUCUCAGAGCCAGACACUGACACAGGCACAGGCACAGACGCAGACACAGGCACAGACACAGGCACAGACGCAGGCACAGACGCAGGGGCACGUCCAGCCCCAGAGCCUCACCGCUCACAGCCAGCCAGCGGAGCCGUCGGACCACAGCCAGACAGAGGGCGGCGCCAGCAAGCCCGCCGACAGCCUCGGCCUCACCAAGGACGCGCCGUUGACACUCGUCCACCGAGACGACAGAAAACUGGGCUGUGGUGGCGCCGUGGUUGGUGUGGGGCUGAAGGACGGCCAGAUCGCCUUGGCGUGCUUUGGAACGGAGACGCACUACUCCUCUCCUCCACCCUGCACCUCCCACUGCUCCCGUGUCCCGCGGGGGGCCCGGCAGAGCGAGCGGCGACCCGACAGGAAGUCAGACCGUGACCGUCUGGGCCCGUGGCGCUCGCUGUGGGGAAACCUGAUCUCUCCCACUCCCAAAUCCACCACGGACGCCACCGCCACACCAGAAUACCAAUGA